AUGCGAAUUCUUCUUACGACCGCCUCAUCUCGCCAUGUCUCUGCAAGAGGAACCCGCGAGACCGGUAAAACGACGCUAGCCGAACUCCUCGCAUCAUACUAUCAAGGACGCGGUGAACAAGUCAUACUGGCCACUGGAUGGAAGGAAGUGACCGAUCCGAUUCAAUACUUGGUGGAUCUUGGCAAUCAUCAAGGAUGCCAGGAAAUGGACUACAGCUCCUUUACCGAUUCAAACGUCGUGGUUAUCCUUGACCAGGCCCAUCAUUCUUACCCAGACCUUACACUAUGGCUAGGGUUCAUCAAGACGCAGAGCGGUAGAUCCAACGGUCCGAGAAUCUGCUUGUUUAGCCUUUUUGGAAGUCCGACGACGGGGAGAACAGUGUAUCCCGAGGGGACGUCGCCGGUGUGCUUUACUCCCGAGCAGCGCGUGGAUUUGGCGACGACUGAACCGUAUCUGUACUUUGCUCGUGCCGAAGACUAUGUUUUUGACAUAACGAUGGGCCAUCCUGCCGCUGUGCAGAGCUUUGUGCGAUUUCUCUACGAUUUUUACCGCUCUGUAAUUGAACUUGACAAGAGCAAAAUCGUGACUACAGACAUGAUUGUCAAUGCAACAUGGAAUGACGAAAAAAGUCUCCCAAAUGCUGCGCCCAUGUCCCGUCUCCGAAACAUUCCCAAACCGAUGGAUAUUAACGUCAAAGGCUCUAACAGCACUUAA